CCUCCUUCACUAAGAUGAAAAAGGUGCUAUGCUGUCGUCAGCUGAACAUAAAACUACGUGUCCGAAUCUUAUGCUGUUACAUAUGGCCCGUGGUGCUUUACGGUUGUGAAGCAUGGACAAUUAAGGAAGACACCAGACGGCGUCUCGAUGCCUUCGAGAUGUGGUGCUACCGUCGCAUGCUGCGACUAAGCUGGACCCAGAAAGUCACCAAUAUGAGGGUUCUCCAACGCGUCGGUAUGUCCCGGAAAUUGAUGCAAACUGUCAAAAAACGGAAAGUAGCGUAUUUGGGGCAUAUUCUUAGGAAUGAAAGAUACCAGCUGCUUCAAUUAAUUAUGAUGGGCAAAAUUGAAGGGAAAAGACAUCGAGGGAGGAGGAAGAAGUCAUGGCUGCGGAACAUCCGCGAAUGGACCGGCGUUACAACCGUGGAACAGCUGUUUCGUCUUGCUUCUGACAGAGAGGAGUUCUCAAAGCUGACGGCCAACGUCCAGUAA